AUGCCACGACGGGAAGCAAACCCUUAUUGGGACCAUUUCGAUAAAAAAGACGAGACUAUGGGUAUUUGUAAAUAUUGUAGUCAGUGUAUUAGCUAUAAAUCUACUACGGGUAACUUAAGGUCUCAUUUAAAAAAAAAGCACCCAUAUAUUUUGGCAAAUGAUAUUAUCAUAACGCCACCGGUACCGCCUUCACAGCAAAUGCUACCUCAACCUCCACAGGAAAUAGAAACAACAGAAGCAAUUGUGCAAUUCACUACUACGAGCUCAACGACUGCGACCGCAGAGCUGCCAUCAUCUUUUCACUCUUCCAUUACUGCUUCAACUUCCGGUACAUGCAAUGUUCCUGCGAGACGACGCCGACAAAGGACAAUAAAUUCUUAUAUACCUAAACCCAUAACACAAGAGAUGAAAAAAAAAAUUGAUAGAGAUUUACUCGAUCUAUUUAUUGACGACAUGCAGCCGUUUAGUAUGGUGAAUGAUAAAGGCUUUCAAAAGUUAUUAUCAUGGAUUCCAGGGUACACACCGCCAUCCAGAAAGACGAUAUCAAACUCUUUAAUACCGGCAUUAUUUGAAAAAACUUGGAAUGAAUGUCGAGAAAUAUUAGACACUGAAACGGUAACUGCAUGCAUUACAACUGACUGUUGGACCUCUAAUAAUAAUGACAGUUUUGUUGCAGUCACUGCCCACUACAUUUCGCCCAAGUUUAAAUUUAAGUCCAUCUUAUUAGAUUGUAAGGGAUGUCCCGGAAGUCACACAAGUGAACUCCUUGCACAGCAAAUUAAAGGUAUUGUACUGAAAUGGAACCUAUUAGACAAAGUAAACUUCGCAGUGUCUGAUAAUGCACACAAUAUUUGUAAUGCAAUUACAAACAAAUUAAGAUGGAAGCAUUAUGGCUGUUUUGCACACUCCCUUAAUUUAAUCGUAAAAGAAGCCCUCAUACCAAUACAGGUCACGAUCGAAAAAGUCAAAAAAAUUGUCGCACAUUUUAAGCGUAGCACCCAAGCCAACGAAAAAUUAAUGAAGUACCAAAGCAACCAUUUGGGAAUUGAACAGCCAAAAAAAUUGGUCAUGGAAGUAGUCACAAGGUGGAACUCGACAUACCUCAUGAUUAAAAGAUUUAUCGAGCUCAGAGAGGCCGUCAAAGCUACUACAGCAGUGAUAAAUAAAGAGUGGCCAAUCAUGUCGCAAGAAGAGUGGACAAACCUUGAGUUGUUGGUAAGUGUUUUGGCACCAUUUGAAGAAAUCACUUCUAGUUUGAGUGGUCAGAACUAUGUGACUGGGGGGUUAGCAAUAGUUUUAUGUAAUAGCCUUCGCGAUAUUUGCCAAGAGAUGCUACAAAACAGACACUACAUAGACGCUGAAAUAGUACAAAAUGUAUUAAUAAAAUUGAAAAGUGGUCUUGACUCACGGUUCCAGAAUAUUGAACAAAGCAAGACUCUGGCUUUGUGCACGUUGUUGGACCCUCGCUUUAAGUUGGAGAUGUUUAAAUCAGAUACCAACAAAAAUUCUAUAAAAGAAUAUUGCCACGAGAAAAUGGCAGACAUUUUGUCAAGACAGGUCCCAACUACAAUACAAGUAGCUCCUACUGCAACUGUUUCUGGAUCAAGCGUAUGGAAUAAAGUAGACAGUCAGUUAAGCAAGACUAGAGGGUCAGGGACGCCUUUAUCCAAAGCAAUCAGGGAGAUGCGAACGAUAUUUGAUUUCAUCUUACUCAAAUUGAAGCUAAAAGAAUUACAUUUACAAUUACAAUUGAAGCUACAAGUUGAGUAG